AUCCAGAUUGUUUUCUUUAGAUCCUCUGGCUGGCUUCGCUGCACUCAGAAUUCCUGGUGGUGGACGUAUAUAUUUCACUGUACAAUGGAACCUGAAGCUAAGAGAGCCAAACUUGCUGACGAUGACUCGUCGCCAGUCUGCGUUGCUGCUGCUGCCCUGCCAUCAGGAGAGUGUUCAACGGCAGCCAGUGACGUCGACACCCGUCACAGCAUCGCCGCGUCAUCCUCACCACCGUCAGACUUGACGUGCAGCACAGGAGCGGCAACAACGACGACGGCAGAGGAUGCACCUGCAGCGGUAGCAGCAGCGAGCACGGAGUGUGCGGACAACGCAGCGGAGGCGGCUCCGAAAAGCGAGAAGGUUCAACGUCGGAAAGUGGCUCUGCUGCUCUCCUACUGCGGUGCUCACUACAUGGGCAUGCAGAGGAAUGCCCCGUAUACCACCAUUGAGAGUGAGCUCUUCAAAGGUUUACUGGCUGCUGGCUGCAUUGACCCUGAGGAUGUUGAGGACACAGGACGGAUGCGAUUUCAGCGUGCUUCCAGAACGGACAAGGGUGUCUCCGCUGUCCAUCAAGUCGUAUCUUUCAAGUGUAGAAUGGUGGAAAAUGCAAUUGAGAAAGUCAAUGGUUACCUGCCCAAGGACAUCAAGACAUUUGCCAUUGUCCGUGUUACCAGUGGUUUCAGUUCUUACACCCAAUCAACAGGCCGAGCCUACGAGUACGUUAUGCCUACAUUUGCGCUCGCGCCGAGCCUUUCGAAAUCCGUAUCGAGCUACCGCGUAGACGCCGACCGCAUUGUGCUGGUAAACCGUCUGCUUGAAAUCUACAUCGGUACUCACAACUUUCACAACUUCACAUCUGGAAGACAAUUCAAGGAUCAAAGCUGCAGGCGUGUCAUGCGUAGCUUCGGUGUGAAAGAAGUUCCAUUCGUAGAGGGCAACAUGGAGUUCAUCAUCCUGCGUGUUGUCGGCCAGAGUUUUAUGUUGCAUCAGAUUCGCAAGAUGAUCGGUUUGGUUCUUGCCGUGAUGAAGGGUUGUUGUGAUGAGAGUUGUAUUCAAGAGUCUUGGAAAGAAGCUAGGAUGGACAUUCCCAAAGCACCUGGUCUCGGCCUGCUGCUCGAUGUGGUUCAGUUUCACGGCUAUGAUCGUCGCUAUGGUAACGAUGGUAUUCACAAGCCGCUUGUCUGGACAGAGUAUCAGACUGAAAUCCAGGAGUUCAAACGCGAGCACAUCAUUUCCACCAUCGUGGAAGAGGAACAGAAAACCAAUGGCAUGAUGAAAUGGCUACACACGCUACCCAAACACGAGUACAACAAGUUCACUGGUCACAAGGUUGGACCUCGCGAGGAGCAGGCUGCUGCUGCUGCUGCCGCCGCCGCCACUGACACCACCGAUGUUCCUGCACCUGUGGCAGAUGAAACUCCUGCUGUUGUUGAGGAGGCAGCUGGUACAUCAUCACCUACUGCUGCAGAUGAGAACUAGACGAGAGUGAAGCUGGAGUGUACCAAAGUCCUAUUACAAGGUAGUGGUGAAGGCGGUGUUCUCCUGUUUGUGGACUUGGGACAUGGUACUGAAUGCCAAGUCAGACGUAUCGUUUACAGAGCGUGCUGGGCCGUCUGCACACAGCCAGCACCAGGCGAAUUGUUUCGCCUCUGCGCGUAUUCACGCUGGUGCUCAACUUCACCACCUCUGCAAUACCUUUCCCUGGACUGUGUGUCAGUCGCUGUGACCUAUGAUGUCGCGGUGUCUUGCAUUGUUGGUGAUGACAUCAUUGUUAUAUGUGGCACUGGCAGUGAUGUAAUGCAAUGGCGUCACACUCUGUAUGAUGAUGCUAAUUCCUGCUGUUCAUGAUGUUGUGCAUUGCCAGUGAUCACAGCAGAUCUCGUACUGCUCAUUACAGCUCUGGCAUCAUUGGCGGCAGCUACUUGAGAAACCCAUUCCCAGCUGGCCCGGAGUGCAGGCAGGGGCACUCUUUAACCAAUCCCUUACUUCUGUAUUUCAUUCUCUCAUCCACAUUGAAGUAGAUUACUGGCGCCUAGUUGCACAUGUCUGUCUGUCUGUGUGGGUGCGUGCGUGCGUGCGUGUGUGCAUGUCACUGGUUGUGUGUGCACAUGCGUGUGUGUAAUGCUUGACUGAUGUUUUAGAAUCUUAGUUUCUAAUUUCUAUCAAGAGUAUACUGCACAUACUGCACAUUCUGUGCUUGUGCUGAUCUGCUCAGUAAGAAUGCGUUGUUGUUGUUGUAGUUGUUGUUGUUGUUGUUUCAAAUCUUUAUUCUCACGAUA